UUCUUCAAUACAGCAUGAUGUUCAUUUAGUAACAUUAUUAUUUAGUAAUUUCCUCUCUGUGUGUUUCAGGUUAGAAGGUAUUCAGUAUCCGUACCACCUCUACAUCAGCCCCUCAGCCCGGCCCGGAACCAACGGCCCCGACCGGCCCUUCCAGUGCCCGACCUGCGGAGUCAGAUUCACACGCAUCCAAAACCUGAAGCAGCACAUGCUCAUUCACUCCGGCAUUAAGCCUUUCCAGUGUGACCGCUGUGGGAAAAAGUUCACACGGGCCUACUCCCUAAAGAUGCAUCGGCUGAAGCACGAAGGUAAACGAUGUUUCCGGUGCCAGAUUUGUAGCGCCACAUUCACGUCCUUCGGUGAAUAUAAGCACCACAUGAGGGUCUCCCGACACAUAAUCCGCAAGCCGCGGAUUUACGAGUGCAAAACGUGCGGGGCCAUGUUCACCAACUCUGGCAAUUUAAUUGUACACCUGAGGAGUCUGAACCACGAGGCGUCCGAACUAGCAAACUACUUCCAGAGCAGUGAUUUCCUCGUGCCCGACUACCUGAGCCAGGUCCAGGAGGAGGAGGAGGCGCUCGGGGUCCAGUAUGAGUUAGAGGACUCGGAGCACCACCCAGUCUACCCGGGCAGCACCUCCGCCGCCGUCAACGCCGCCGCCGCCGCCUCGUCCUCCUCCUCCUGCUCCGUCCAGAUGCCCGUCAUCUCCCAGGUCUCCUCCUCCACCCAGAACUGCGAAAGUUCCCCCGGCUUCCUCUCGCCCGAGCCCCUGCUGGACCCCCUGGAAGCCCCCGCCUCCCUCAAGAUGGACGCAGACCAGACGGCCGCCGCGACGGGGGAGACCAAGAUGGACGACGAUGACGGCGGCGUGGGAGGCAGUUCCCUGGAGGUGUUUGAAGGAGAGCAGCAGCAGCAGCAGCAGCAGCAGCAGCAGCAGCAGCAGCUUGGUGCCCAGACCAAGGAGCUGGCUUCCAUCACCAUCGAGUGAUCCAAGCCUUCUACUUGGCCCCGCCUCUUAUUCUGCAGUCAUGUCAUACGGGGAAUAUCUGCUUGGCGGCUAUAAAAAGGGACAACUUGGGACACGUUAGGAAACAAAACUCCUCUCGAAGACGCCGUGAUGAUGAUGCACUUAUUUACGUUUCACGUUCUUAAAACCAAAUCCAGCAAAAAGUAAAAUGAUCAUUUUAUCUUCUGAAAAUGAUUUUCCCCUCAAACUUGUGAGCAGAAUUCUUGAAGAAUCAAGUAUUAGGAAGUUAUUUGUAUUUCUUUUAUUUCCCAUGUGACGUGAAUGCAGCACUAGCUAAAGUCGUUUUACUGUCUUUUGCCGAUCUGAGGUCUGUUGAAUCUAAAGAGCCUCGCCCUACUUCUGGAAAGUGCCUGAAGAGUUCCCGUUUUAACGAAGACAUCUUGACUUUGCCGACGGCGACAAAUCAAGUCUUUGCAAACUGAGCUGAAGAAAGAAAGAAGAAGAAAGAAGUCCGUAGUAUUUCAUUUGUAGUGAUGCAGCUUGUUUGUUUGGGCAGAGACUGUGUCCUUCAGUGCCGUCGCUGUAGGCAAACUGUUCAAUGUCAAUAUUAUCUCUAUUGCAAUAGCUCGUACUGUAGUUUUACUCUUUGAAUGCUGUGUAUGUUGGGUGUUGUGACAGUAUGACAUGUCAGGUGUGUGUAUGUGCAUUUAUUUUUCUUUUAAUCUAUAUGAACACAGUACAUUUCAUUUUUAAGUGUUUUAAAAAAACUUGAAAUUAUAUUGACAGAGUAUUCCCUUAAAGGCGUUUGUGCAGUAUAUCAUUUUUAACCGCCUUUUUUCAUUUUUUUAAUGAACACUGUUGUGAAAUGAAACCUUACGUCUCCAAAACGGCUAAUUUAGUUUAUUUUAAGCUUUUGUUUCAAAGUCCAACGAAGUAAAUGAUAAUAAAAGAAAAUGUAAAAUGUAAAAAGUUUACCAAAAAUUGAAAAAAUUUGGAGUAACGAGGUUUUCUCACGACUGCGGUUAAAUUCCCAAAUGUGCUCCUAAGAUACGAUAAUGUAGCAUCGCUUAUCAAACGGUUUCUGUUUUGGAGUCAGUUUGUGUUCUGAAUAUUUAAAUCGUGUUCUUGCUUCACUGCUGAUAUUCUGAGAGAACGAUUGUCUUUUUUUAAACGUAAACCAAGAAUAUUAAGUUACACGUGUGGAGCGAGCAGCAGUAUUCUGUUUGAUUUACAUCAUUUGUCACAAAGGGAGAAAAAAAAAAACUACAUUGUGUAAAAUUCCACGAGUCAAAUUGAAUUAAAAUAAGAAGUAACAAUGUCUGCAGACCGGGGGAAGCAGGAAGUGAUGCAAACAGAUUAUGAAUGCUAUCUGUGAUGGCCAGUUUACAGGCGGGGUUUUUUUUUGGGGGGGGGGGGGGGGGGGGGGCGUGUGAUAACGUUGCUUUAAAAGCAACCGGAGCACGCUGACGAGUGAAUGCAAAAUACUGUGAGUUGAAUCAUUAUAAAUGAUGAAUAUAUAUAUAUAUAUAUAUAUAUUUGUGUAAAGAAGAGAGCUUAUCAUUUCACCGUGAACUGAUCGAGCUCAGUUUGGGCUUUUAGAAGUUACUCAUUUCAUUUACUUUGUUCGUUCUUUAUUUCAAUGCAAACCUCCGGCUCCUGUGAUGCUGUGACGGUGUAGUUGGGACAUUGUUGUGCUUGUAUUUCCGAGGAGUUAAUGACACCCGUGGUAAUAACCCAUGAGUUGAAUGCUACUGGGCGUGUUGUUUAUCGUUUAUUUCCUGUCGCCCCCCCCACACACUUUAAAAGUAGUCCAAACAGCCGCCAUUAAGGAUCAUCACAGCAGGAUGUAAGACCUCACAUACAGGGUUGAUUGUAAAUGUAAAGAUGAAUAUCACGCUGUGAUGACGGCGUCAAUAUUACCCCGAUCAAUGAACGUCACUGAGAGCUGUCUUAACAACAGCUUGAGUCACUCCGAGUCUAAAGUUUUGCCCUUUUUUUAAUUUAUUUUGUAUCCGGGUACAAAUGGUACAGGACCAAAUGUUCUCUAUCUCAUUAGGGAUUUGCCAUGGCAAUCAGUAAUCGCACAUAAUAAAAAGAGAGAUAAUCAUUCUUUAAGUGGUCCGUGCUAUUUAGCAAAAAAAGGGGGUCCUGCUGUUUUCGCCCCUAAAAAGCAAAAACACACAGUAUACGAUG